AUUUCAGUACCACAAGCGGUAUCCCCGAGCUACACUCAGGCUUACCAUGCAGCGUUGCUCAGGGAUUCCCUGCAGCGCUUACCUUGUCCUUCGCUCCCGCGAUGCGUCCCCUGCAGCGUCCCCGGCCAUCUCCUCCGGCCGAUGCCGGCAUCCGGCUUCCGUGUUCUGGUCCCUGCGAGCGUCGGGAUGUACGGGACUUACGGGGGCCGGAACCGGUGGCAAAUUAAAAAAUUUUAGAAACUGUUCUUUUCAUACACUUUGUCCCUAGUGCUUUGUCCUGUGCCCUGCCUGCAUUUUGACUGUUCUUUCUG